UAAGCAGUGCUAGACUUUCGCUUGUCCCUACAAAAGUAAGAUUUGCGAGUCAUGUCCUAAUGUUAUGUUGAGGAUGGAAGAGCACUGUUCUUUAUUUUUUUCUUCGCUUUUCAAUUUUUUUCUGUGGGGAGGAUGGCUUCUCUGCUUUACAGAAGGAAACCAAGUUGCAGGUAUUCACAGUCGAAGUCUCAUGUUUGAGAAGCCAGUUGAAGGACAUGCUCUGCAACAGCACGUUUUCAAACAAAUAUAUUUAUCCAUGGGAAUUAAGCCAGAUAGCGACUGCAAAAAUAGGUGUCUCAUGGAAAAUACCUGUGUGUCUGUUAACGUUGGCCCAUCCAGCAAGAAUGGAUUCAGGGUCUGUCAACUGAGUGAUUCUGAUCACAUUCAACAUCCUGCUGACCUUAAACCCCAAGAAGGAUACCAGUAUUGGGCUUCAAAGAAUCCAUGUUCAAGCAGCCCUUGUCUUCCUAAUGCAACCUGUCUAAAUGGGUUUACAGAUAAGAGAUACAUUUGCUUGUGUCAAGUUGGUUUUAAGGGAAAACAAUGUGGAAAAAAAGUUAAAAGCGGAGAUGUAAGUACUUAUCCUGGUCCCACUGCUAUUCCAGUUGUAAUUGGUAAUCGACGUCCGACAAACUGUUAUCCUGUUAAUGCCACACGUGUUUCACCGCGUUUGUGUGGCUUGGACAACUUGAGAAAUGUUCAACGACAAACUGUUUUUGUAACUCGCAGUUAUAUUUCCUGCUGUGUUCAGCUUUGCCUGCUUAAUGUAAGAUCUGUUAAGAAUAAGGUGAUGAUAGUGAAAGACUAUGUUGUGGACAAUGAUAUUGAUAUUAUGGCUUUGGCAGAAACAUGGCUACUGGAAAUACCAAUGAUGUUGAAGUGGGAACUUUGUGUCCUACCGGCUAUAGGUUCCUACAUAUUCCAAGAUCUCAUUCCAGGGGAGGAGGAGUUG